AAUUUCUCUCUCAACGUGAAAAAAUACUAUAAAUAAAAAGUCUCCCUCUCUGAGUUUUACAUCUUGGUUUCAUUUACGAGUUUUCUUUCUUCCCAUUUUUCAGCAUACAUAAAUGACGUCAUCCAUGUUUAGAUCUCCUUGCAAGAUUCCGUCGAUGAAAGGGCUUGAGCAGAAGAGCUACGUCGGCCUUAAAGCAGCGACGUAUAAUGUGAGAAUCAAUCCUUUCCGAAGCAUAGAAGUUGCUUGUCAACUACAAAGAUUCGACUCCGCCAUGAUAUGGCCGGUACAUGCUCAUGAGGCACUUCUAGUGCCGAGUAAACCAGCAGCGCCUACAAUUACAACUAAACCAGCCAUGCCUCCAAUGCCGAGUAAAUUAGCUAAGCCAUUGAUUGAUCAGCCUCUUCUGGAUCCGCCCGUGCUCGCAGGUGAGGUAGACAUUCCCAUAAAAACGAUGCCCGGGUGUUACAUGCUUGGCUGGAGACACGGCCUCAUCGAAGAAGUUGCAAAGGCACGAGAUGUUGGUGUGAAUAGCAUAAUGUUGUACCCUAAAGUUCCUGUUGCGUUAAAGUCUCCAACAGGGGAAGAGGCGUUCAACGACAACGGUCUAGUGCAACGAACAGUUCGUCUUCUCAAAGACAGAUUCCUUGAUCUCGUUAUCUACGCUGAUGUCAAUUUUGAUGAGUACUCGUUAAGUGGGCAUGGUGGAAUCGUAAGAGAAGAUGGCGUAAUACUGAAUGAUGAAACAAUUCACCAAUUACGCAAACAAGCAGUUUCUCAGGCUCGAGCUGGAACAGAUGUUGUUUGUACCAGUGAAAUGUUAGAUGGGCGUGUAGGCGCGGUUCGUGCAGCUCUAGAUGCUGAGGGCUUUCACCAUGUUUCCAUCAUGUCUUACUCUGUCAAGUAUACAAGUUCAUUAUACGGCCGUUUUCGCAAGGUGGAAUUGGACAAGAAAACUUAUCAGAUAAAUCCAGCAAACUCAAGAGAGGCAUUGAUCGAAGCACGUGAAGACGAAGCUGAAGGAGCCGAUAUCCUAAUGGUGAAACCAGCACUUCCUUCUCUUGAUAUCAUACGUUUAUUGAAGAACCAAACUCUAUUGCCCAUUGGAGCUUGCCAGGUUUCCGGUGAGUACUCCAUGAUAAAAGCUGCGGGACUUAUGAAGAUGAUCGAUGAGGAAAAAGUUAUGAUGGAAUCAUUGAUCUGCCUACGUCGAGCUGGUGCAGAUCUCAUUCUUACCUACUUUGCUUUAGAAGCUGCGACAAUAAUAUGCGGUGAGAAUAGAAAACUUGUAUUCAAUUACUAAUCGUUUGUUUGUUUGCGUCUUGAAUAAAUCUACAACCAUAAUUGUACCCUUAGCAGAACAAUUUGAUAAUCAUGAAAUUCUUAUAAAAUCGAUAACAAACGCA